AUGUUGCAGACCCUCAGCCACAUUGCGUUUCUCGGAGCAGUACGACUGCUUUCAUGGAAUGAGUUGGAAGCUGCGAAGCAUUACUCUGAUGAGGUCGCCUCAAUCACCUUGAUCAUCUCGGAGCAGUCGACGCACGUUGAGUUGGCGGCUACCAAGCGAGACUUUGUGAGUCACAAACUGAACCCAAGGACGAAUGCCGCCGUCUAG